CUUAUUUUGCCAAGUCACAAUCAGCAACGCGACAUCGAGCUUGCGAGUCGACUCAAACGGCCAAGUCUUCUCAAACAGUCGACCUCUUCACCCAUCUUCGAUCACCUGUCAAUCACGUGUUUCUGCCGCAAUGGAAGCCCUACGAAGCGCGCUGCAGCCGUUGCGGCCCAUCACGGCAAACCUUCCUGGGCCCAUCCACGAUGUGGGCGUCUCGCUCCUCGGCGACGUCUGCUACAAGACCCUCAUUCUCCAGCUCGACCCGACCGAUUCCGAUUGCCUCAAACUAGCUAUUUCCAAAGGCCUCGGAAUUGGCAUCAUCGGCGCCUCGUCCAUCGUCAAGGUGCCCCAGAUUCUCAAGCUUGUAAACUCCAAGUCUUCGGCUGGCAUUAGCUUCCUGGCCUACGUCCUCGAAACAUCCUCGUACCUCAUUUCACUGGCGUACAACGUCCGCAACGGCUUCCCGUUUAGCACCUUCGGCGAGACGGCCUUGAUCCUCGGUCAGAAUGUCAUUAUCACCGUUCUCGUCCUCAACUACAGCGGUCGCGCAAGCGUCGCGGCGCUGUUCGUCGCGGCGCUGGCUGUUAGUGCGGCUACUCUGUUCAGCAACAGUAUUCUCGAUAUGAAGACUCUCGGAUACCUGCAGGCAGGUGCUGGUGUCCUUGGUGUUGCCAGCAAGGUCCCUCAGAUUGCCGCCAUUGCGCAGCAAGGCGGCACUGGCCAGCUCAGCGCAUUCACGGUAUUCAACUACCUCGCCGGCUCGCUUUCACGCAUAUUCACGACGCUGCAGGAAGUCGACGACAAGCUCAUCCUGUACGGCUUCAUUGCGGGCUUCGCGCUCAACCUUGUUCUUGCCGCGCAGAUGGUGUAUUACUGGAAUGCACCCUCGCCCAAGGCUCGUGGGAAGAUGCGGGAGGCUCCCAUUGCCGCCUCGCCUUCAUCGGCCUCGGCCACAGGCUCAUCGACGGCUGCUCUAGGCACACCCAAGAGCAAGGGCCCGACGACCCGACGACGGGGCUAAAGAUAAUACCUUGACGAUUGUCGUCGGACAGCUAUGGAUGCCGGAACAAGAAUGGGCAGCCAUAGAAACGGCUUGUGAUAAGCGCCACGAAUGGUAUCUCAGCAAAAUAUACAAAUGAUGGUGAACGAAUUCUCAAGUCAUGUCUAGAUGUCUUUUGGUGUGUGACACUUCUGUGCAGGCAAGGAGGCAGCGUCGGAUGCGACUUUCAAGAUCCACGGAAGUAUCAAUGACAUCAUGCUACGUUCUCGGCUCGGCUUCAUUGUAGCUGGAGCUUCGUAAUAUAUGCGUUGUGCCUGCGCACAAUUGUGGGGAUG